GAGCGAGAGCAGACAGCAGGUUUAACAGACUUACAGAUGGUGAGCAGUCAAUCAGUGUGACCCUGUGGUCAAAAUGCUACUCGGCCUCGUCUUCCUCUGCUUCGUCUCUCCAGUGCUGUCGUUGAGCUGCUAUGUGUGCACUUUUUCUCUCACCAAUGACGAAUGCAACGUCAACACGCAAGAAUGUCAAGUACCACUGGACACGUGCAUGACAGUCAUUGACAUUUUAGGUCAAACAAAAGCCAUCGUAAAGCAGUGUGCCAGCAAGGCCACCUGCAACGGAGCUGCUUCCACCGCGUUUGUUGAUGAAAAUGGAAACGGGAACGCGGUCAACUGCUGCAAUAGUCACAACUUAUGCAACUUCAGUGGGUCAGAGUCUGUUCAUGCAAGAAGACUUGCCUUUGUGCUACUUGUACCUGCAUGUGCGCUGUUAUUGUGGUAAUUAUUAGAGGUGGGAAUCUUUUGGCAUCUCACGAUUUGAUUCAGAAUCGAUUCUCGAUUCAUUACUAUUCUCGUAAUAUAUCAUUUGGUAUAUGAAUUAUAAUAAAACCUUUGAAAACAGGUUACAGGUUAGAAAAUCUUUCUUGGCUGCUGACCUACGACUAACAGUGUAUGUGAAACCAUCGCUGAAUUUUUUUGGGGUUUUUUUUAUUUGAAAAAAGAAAAAAAAAGAAAAAAGAAAGGAUAGAAAUUUACAAAUCGAUUGAGAACACCGAAAUACAAUACCAAUAAAAGGAAAUCAAAAUGAUC